GGUUGAGUCCAAAGUAGACUUGAUUUAAUCCAUACUUGAUGAAAGUCUUGCAUGGUAUACAUCAGUAUAUUCCUGGAAAUUUUGACUGUGCCAUACUUCAUACUUUAGCACUGAACCCUCGCAUCGCCGUUGAAAGAGGUUGGCGUUUCUGUCACAUAAUAUAUUGACGAGGCCGUCAUUUUGGAUCAUUCUCGUGCGACGAAGGCAAUCCCGAGAUUCUUGUACCAUUGGAGACUGUCUUUCUUGAACUGUCUAUCCAAUCUUUUGUCUAUUGUUGUAUUCUACGACCUUGCGUUACUCGGAGAGAGAUAUAACUCGUGGUUAUAGCAUGUCCCAAUAUCUACUGCAUUUAUGGAUAUGCACGCAAACUUUUGCGACGUCUGUAUGGUCGACGUUUAUCCUUACGACCGAGGCUGAAGUUUUGAUCUAUCUCGUACUCUGCUGUUUGCUCUGCUUGGAACUUCAUAUAUGAAUAGUUUCGUCGGCACGUACACUCUUCCUUGAGUUUAUUUCAUACUCCUUUUACUCCAAAAUUUCCACAGCAGAGCCUCAAAAAAAAACGAUUAUGAUAGUCAAAUACCCGUAUAUCCCUUGGGGAUUUCUUGCAUGCUCUAUCUUUAUUACUUAUUGCAAUGCUCAGUAUUAUCCUAUAGCUGGGGUGACAACUGGUAUCAACUCGAAUACAAAGGCUCGACCUUUUAGACAAGAUAUCAACGAUUUGCAGAAUAAUAUCGAACAAUGGUCGCUAUAUAUUCAAGCUCUUCUCGCCAUGCAAGCUGCAAACGAAUACACUGAUGGGCUUUCCUACUUUCAGCUGGCAGGUAUUCAUGGUAGACCAUAUGUUUCUUGGGAUGGUGUAAAUCAAACUAUCGGGGCUCCAGUCACCGGAUAUUGUACACAUGAUUCGGUCUUGUUCACUACCUGGCAUCGUCCCUACCUAGCACUCUUUGAGCAAGUUCUCGCCAGCUACGCCCAAAAGAUAGCAAAGACCUAUAUAUCUACACUUUAUCCCGCCUACCAAGCUGCUGCUGAUAACCUCCGCAUUCCUUUUUGGGACUGGGGUGUUAGCCCUAGCAUGCCCAGUAUCAUCAAUGUCCCCACUGUCUCUAUCGUACUUCCCUCUGGCACCACUACCUAUGUCAACAAUCCCCUCUUCCGUUAUAACUUCCAGAAUAAACCACUCAAUCAGCAACAAUUUCCUCCUGGGGACAGUGACGGUUACAUGGCACAAUACAAUUGGACGGUGAGAAAUCCGGAUUACUCAGGUGAUGGACAAAGUGAUUUCAAUGCUGCAAAUAUGAAUUUAGAAAACGCAGGGUUAGGAGAUCAAGUAUGGACAGCAAUUAUGAAAUCAAGCAACUUUAAUAGCUUUGCUACUAUGGCAGUUUCGGGAGCGAGUAUAGAAUCACCGCAUGGUGCGGUACAUGUUCUUGUCGGAGGUUCUUAUGGUCAUAUGUCCUUUUUGAGCUAUUCUGGAUUUGAUCCUAUAUUCUGGCUUCACCAUGCAAACGUCGACCGAGUUCUCUCCAUGUAUCAAGCCAUUAAUCCUUCUACAUUCAUCACGCUUUUAUCCGACUGGUAUGGCACCUACACUAUUCCACCUGGGACCAUUGAUACAGCCUCUUCUCCUCUGAAGCCCUUUGCUAUCACAAGUUCUACGUUUUUCACGUCGAAUACUUGCAGAUCGAUGUCCCAAUUUGGGUAUAGUUAUCCAGAAAUUAUGGAUUGGAAUAUGACAGCUGCAGAAAUGACAAGUUAUGUAAUAGGAAGAGUAAAUGAAUUAUACAAUUCAGAUGGUAGCAAUUCAAAGAUCAAGAAGAGGAACUUCGAGAAUCGAGAACUUUCCUCAGAAGAACAACACGAAGGAUCAAGCGCGAACAAAACACUACGAGAAUGGACCGCAGCACUUAGUGUCUCUAAAUUGGAUCUUCAAGGGCAGCGGUUUAUUAUUCGACUUUUUCUGGGUGAGAUACCAGAGGAUCCGGAGGAGUGGGGGAGAAGUGAAAGUUUAGUAGGGAGUCUAGUGAUUUUACCUCCGCCUGGUGCUGUUUCUAAUGAAGCGACGAAAGCAUUGGCCUAUGAUGAGAUUGUUAUUUUGAGGGAGCCUGCUAUUGGUAGUAAUUACAAAGCGCAUGAGGAAGACGGGGAUAGAGAAGGAACGGAAGAAUUCUUGAAAAGGAACUUGAGGUGGAGAGCACAGCUGCUUGACAAUGCACCAUUACAUCCAACUUCAUUGCCGACUCUCAAAAUUAUCAUUGGCGAUGAGGUUUUGGCUAUGCCGUACGAUAUCACCAAAAAGCCUGUCUACGGGACGAAGACACUACAUCCUGAUAUUGUUGUUGGUGGGAAUUAGAUUGAUAUGGCUUUGAUAUCAUUUAAUACCUUUUUGCUGGCCAGAAUAACGCCACUAUAAAUUUCUUAGAAAAAUUAUGCAUCCAUAGCAAAGGGAACGAAUGAAAUCGCAAGACGAUAUAAUGUGACUGGCGAUUCUUCUUACGAUGCUUCAGUCCACUUCAAAUCCAACCCACACUUCCUCCACUUCAUACAAGCAUCAAAUCCUUCGUACCGGGCGAGUCAAACUCAAUAUUUAAGACUUGCAACAAAUUGCUUUCAAACGAGUAAAAUAUAUUAAAUCCCCACUCCCGUCUUACGAUUCAGUGUUCAGAUAUGCAACAAAUUGCAAGAGUGAGAUCUAGGCUCUCGGAGCUGCCGAACGAGGGAAAAAACGAGUCAAUUCAGAUAUGCAACAAUGUCAGAUUUUGUCA